CAGCGACGCGCGCGCAGUGGGCCGGCGGAGCGCGCGCGUGCCAGUACCUCUCAGCCCGCAGCCCGCGCCGCGACGCGUCUGCUCCCGCGCCCGCGCCCGCGUUUGCGACCGCUCAGCGUCUCACCCGACGGCGGCCUUUCUAUAAAGACUAGCCGGCGCGAACACUCGCACGCAGUCACGACCCAACCACUCACUCGUGCACCCCGCUGACACGCGACAUACAUUACCCCGCGAAACACUUGACUCGCAACUCGCCUCAAGGAAGGAAGCAAUCGUCACAAGAUAAACAUCUCAGCAACAAUGGCAGAAAACGACUGGGGAUACAGCGGCGAGAACGGUCCUUCAACAUGGACGGAGAAGUUCCCAGAAGCCCGCGGAGCUCGGCAGAGUCCAGUAGACAUCGACACGUCCAGAAUAAGCAGUGGAGGGAGCGCGCCCCUUCUCAAGUUCAGAUACUCUGUCAACCAUCCCCGGUCUGUUGUGAACCCCGGCUACUGCUGGAGAGUAGACGAGAAUGGAUAUGAGUCAGAGCUGCGAGGUGGUCCUCUUGGCCAAGACGUGUAUAAGCUACAGCAGUGGCAUUGUCACUGGGGCGCAGUCAAUGGUGAAGGCUCAGAGCACACCGUGGACGGUCGCUCCUUCUCCGGUGAACUGCACCUGGUUCACUGGAACACCACAAAGUACAACAGCUUCCAAGAAGCUGCCGGGCAACCUGAUGGACUUGCAGUUCUAGGCGUACUAUUAAUGGUCGGUUCAAAGCAUGACGAAUUGGACAAAGUGAUACGGUUGCUACCGUUCAUAACGCAUAAGAACGACAAGGUGACAUUGUCUGACCCCCUGGACCCUGUGAAGCUGCUGCCGUCGCAGUACGCGUACUGGACAUACCCUGGCUCCCUCACCACCCCGCCCUGCACUGAAUCCGUCACCUGGAUCCUGUUCAAGCAACCAGUACAAGUGUCCGCUGAUCAAUUGGCAUCGAUGCGGAAACUGAAGUGCGGGGAGGCGUCGUGCGGCACGGAGGCCAUGGAGGUCCUGCACAACUACAGGCCCACGCUGCCGCUCGGCAACCGCGAGCUGCGCGACUACGGCUCGGGCAACUAACAGCGCACCACCACGCCACGCGGUAUCACGAUACAAUCAGACCCAGCGCUGCCACUGCGCAGCUGCUCCUGAAACUAGUGCCUCUAUUCGCAUUCCGGCGAGCUAAUCUAACGGAAGACACGUGGGCUACGUAACUCUUAUGAAUGGUGCCUACGCGAUUUAGUACGUUCCGUAGGUAUAAUACGAAUCUCGUCAUAGAUAUGUAUGUAGUAUCUAGUUGUAGUUCUAAGACAAAAGUAAUCUCAGACCCCAAAUGAAAAAUGCGCAAAGGCGCCUCUGAGUUCACGUUUUAAAACAAAGACGGGAUAUACAGCAUUAUACAAAUUUAAAGAUUCGUUGCGUAGUUCUUCCUAUUUGGAUAUCUAACAUUCAAACACAUUCGCAUUUAUCACGUUAAUCAAGGAAACCAUAUCUAGUACAUAUUAGUUAGAUAUGACUGUGGGAGUCGAGCGAGAUGUGUGUGCGUGUGCAUAAGUUUAUAUGACUGUAGCUUACCUAUGCAUGUAGACACGAUUAGCUAUCAAGUGCCUCUACACUACACACAAAAAUCAAAUGUUAUUUAUAUUGAAAUUUAUAUUAAAUGAAAUAUAUAAAUGACAUUUAUAAUUACAAUUUAAGAUCACAUACUUACAUUAUAAAAUAAGGAAAUUCAAAAUGUACUAAUGAAUGAUAUUUUUAAGAGAAUGUACCUAAAUUAAAUUCAUGAUAGCAUAGCUACGUACCAAGAGGUACAGACGUAAUAUUAAGUUUAACGUUUUAUUUUCUUGACAUGUAAAAUAGAUUCUGAUAAAAUGAAAUGGAUCAAAUGAAACAUGGAAGCGUCCACACUGCGACUUCAGCGAGGUAGCAUUAUAUUCGAUGUCAUGUCGAGAUUUUCAUCCAUUUUAUUUUCAGUUUGCUAGUUCCAAAUCUGGGUACAUGGCGCUGUUCAAUCUUGUACUAGUUCCAAAUCUGGACAUGUAACGCUGUUCAAUCCUGUAGGUACAUUAUGCAGCUAUGAACUGCAACAGGCAUGAACAUCGAAAAUAUUGCGUUUAUCUCUUAGACUAAAAUGAAAAUUUAUAUAAAAACCUUCCAUGCAUAUGUCUCGAACAAUUAAAGUUAUCCAUCGUAUUGGUACAUGAUAUGUAAGAUCUACUUGAUUUACUUUUAUUUAAUCACUCCAAACACAAAGAUCUGUAGAUACAUUUGAUCCAGACAAAUAAUAAUUGCAAUUUAGAUAUGUUAGUCACUGAUCUCUUUUUUUAACUGAGUUAAAAGUAGUGGCGGGCUCGUCACUAGAUAAAGUCGACUGGUCAAACAGUGUCUUGACUGAACAACUUACAUAAUACGUAAAUAAGUUAAGUAUUGUAUGUACCUUAAAACAAGAGUGCCUCAAAUGUAUAAACGUCAUAGUUAUGUUAACUGGGACGUCAUACGGUAAAUUUUAAUGUAUUUAUGUUAUUAAUGAUAAGGUGUCGAUGAAGCUUAAAGCAAUGUACACAAUAAACAUAAUAUUUAGUAA